AUGGAACUUAACCGAGAACAUUUUCGCGCCAUAAUUUAUUACAACUUUCAGAGACAAUUAUCCCAACAAGGAUGCCUUGCUGAGUUACUGUCUGUUUUCGACAACGAAGCGCCACAUCAGUCGACAAUUUCCCGUUGGUAUGGAGAAUUCAAACGUGGACGGGUGAGUCUUAGCGACGAUCCCAGGGUGGGUGCACCAAAAACGGCAGUCACCCAGGAAAACGUCGAUGCUGUGCGCAAACUCAUCAUUGAAGAUAGACAUAUGACAUAUCACGAGAUUCAGGCGUCCUUGAAGAUCUCAAAGACCUCAAUUCAAAAAAGUUUACAGGAAGAAUUAGGAGUAAGAAAAUUAGUUUCUCGUUGGAUACCCCACCUGUUGACUGAAGAGCAGAAAGCAGCCAGGGUUAAUUGGUGUCAAAAAACGCUUGACCGUUUCAAUUCCGGAAACUCAAAAAAUGUGCACAGCAUUGUUAGUGGUGAUGAAUCGUGGAUUUACUGUGAAGAAAAGCCAAUAAAAAUGGUCGCGAGAUUUGUGUCAAAAGCGGGUCAUAUUGCAACAAUUCCACUUAAUGAGCAAAGAACUGUUACUGCGGAUUUUUUGCCAAAAGUCAUCACCGAGCUUCGAAAAAUCAACCCCGAAAGAAGAAUCAUCCUCCACCAAGACAGUGCAAGCUCGCACACAGCCCAAAAAACAAGGCAGUAUUUAACGGAAGAAAACGUGGAAUUAUUGGACCAUCCUCCAUAUAGUCCCGAUCUAAGUCCUAACGAUUUCUUUACUUUCCCGAAAAUUAAAAACAGACUGCGUGGUCAAAGGUUCCAGUCACCAGAAGAAGCGGUUGACGCAUUCAAAAAUGCCGUUUUGGAUCUGCCAGCAUACGAAUGGAAUAAGUGCUUCGAAAAUUGGUUCGAGCGCAUGCAGAUGUGUAUUAGUCUUCGUGGAGAAUACUUCGAAAAACAAUAA